AUGUUGGAGACAAAGUCUCAAAUUCAUAAGGAGAAUGAUGAUAUGACCCCUGAGAAUAAUUUUGCGAGCGAUGAUGAUCAUGUCCAAGAAUAUGUGGAGGAAGAUGUUAUUGACAAUUUGAAUGGUAUAGAGGUUCUAACUCAGAAGAAGGAUGAACAAGUUUCUUCUGAUAAUUUUGAAGUGAAUUAUGUUGUAAAUAAGGUGAGUAACAAAAUUCAUGACCUUGCUGAUGAGAUCGUUAUUCUUAAGAAAUUCCAUAGAAAAGGAAAGAAUCUUCCUAAGUAUGUUCCUGUUUAUUCUGAGGAAAGUACAAUCAAAUGGAAUUUUUCUUACUAUGGGAGAAUGGCUCUUGAUAAAUUCUAUAUUGAAGCACUUAAGUGCAAUGAAAUUGUGGAGCUGCAUAGUGAUACUCAGUUGUUGAAGAUAAUACUUAAUGUUGGACAUUGUUAUCUUAAGUUGAUGAAGGAAUUUGUGGUUAAGAAGGAUGGUAUUCCUCAUGGAUUUCUGAAUUUGAGUUACAUAAUAAAUAUUAGGAAAGAUGUGGUUGAUAUUGUGUAUGAUAUAUGUCCUCUGAUACACAUAUAUGAAACUAAUUUGGUUUUUGAUGAUGAAAUGUUUGAGAUUUUUCACCUCAACUUGUUGUUACUACUACUUCAUUUUUGUGGGGGUGGGGAUAUGAUGAUGUUACUUCUAUCUGGUGUUCAUAAGAAGUUGUGGGUUGUUGUCGUCUGA